GGAUUUGGAUAGGAAUCAUAUCAACGAUGGGCAAAAAGGCAAAAUGGAGUUGGACAUCUGCCUUCGUCGGAGCUUCUGCGGCGGUGGCGGCGUCAGCUCUCAUCGGAGCGAAGCCGAAGGACCCGACGUUCCACCUGAUCUCCAUAGACCUGACCUCACUGAAGCUAAACCUCCCGGCCCUAGACGCCGAGUUAAUCCUGACCGUACACGUCACCAACCCCAACAUCGCAGCCAUCCACUACUCCUCCACGGAGAUGUCGAUCCUCUACGACGGAGCACUCCUCGGCUCGGCCGAGGUCAAGGCGGGAAAGCAACCGGCUCGGUCGUGUCAGCUCCUCCGGCUACCGGCUCGGCUGAGCGGCAUGGAGCUCGCUAGCCACGCGCGGAGGUUCUUCGCCGACGUGGGGAGGAGGGAGAUGGAGCUGCAGGCGAAGCUGGAUAUCGAAGGUGCGGCCAAGGUUCUGUGGUGGGAUCACAGGUUUAGGGUACACGUGGACAGCGCCGUGACCGUUGAUCCUGUUUUCCUCGACGUGAUAGAUCAGGAGAACAAGUCUCACAUGGAUCUGUUCCUCGCUUCUUAGGAUUUUAAUGUCUCUUAUCCGGCAUCGUCAUUAAUCUUUUAGGAGUUAUAUUAUCUACAAAAAUGAGUGAUAAUUAGAUGCAUGUGUAAUUUAUAAAUUAAUUAAAUCCCAAAACUUCGAACUUUUCUUGU